AUGGCUAUCCGAGUGGAUGUCGUCCUACUCAGCGGGCAGACCGCCUCGGUCGCCAUGAUGCCCGAUGAUAUCGUGUACGAUGUGAAGUUGGCUGCUCAGAAGAAGAUGCAGAUUGGUUUGCACAACUUGUUUGGCCAAAAUGGUCAGCUGCUGGAGGACUGGUGGUGUGUGAAGCAUUCCUGCUUGAAAGACGGCGACGUGAUCAAUGCCAGUGUGAGGUGCUCUAUGUUGGCUUCGAGCAGCAAGAACCCGGCCUUUGCCCUCAUACGCUCGGAUGGCUCCGUUCAGACGUGGGGCGAUGCAGAAUCCGGGGGUAACAGCGACAGUGCUGCAGAGAAAUUGCGAAAUGUGCGCAGAAUCUGCGCAUCCUCUGGUGCUUUUGCUGCCAUUGUCUCCGAUGGAAGCGUUGUGACCUGGGGGGCCUUCUUCUGCGGUGGGCACUGCGGGUCAGCGGUGCAGCGGCAGCUUUUGAAAGUGCGUGAGCUGCAAGCUUCCCAUCGGGCUUUCGCUGCCCUGAGAGAAGAUGGGAGGGUUGUGACUUGGGGUGACGUGGGCUUUGGGGGAGACAGCAGCUCCGUGCAAGAGGAGCUUUAUGAUGUGCGGCAAAUCUCAUCGGCGCGACGCGCGUUCGCAGCCAUCCGGGCGGAUGGGAGCGUCGUGACCUGGGGGGAUUCGGACACCGACUCGAGGGAGGUGGAGGGCCAGCUCAGAGAGGUCCGGCUGCUGUGCGCUACGGAACAUGCUUUCGCUGCUUUGCGGGCAGAUGGGACGGUUAUCUCUUGGGGAAGGGCGAGCCACGGCGGUGACAGCAGUGAGGUCCAGGAGCAGCUGAAGGAGGUGCGGUACCUGACGGCUUCGCACCGAGCUUUUGCGGCUCUCUUGGCCAAUGGCAGGGUGGUGACCUGGGGAGAUGCCGAUUGGGGAGGCGAUAGUUCACGGGUCGGCGAGAAGCUUCAGGACGUUCACCAGAUCUGCGCCGCAGCUGCAGCCUUCGCAGCGGUUCUGGCGGAUGGUCGUGUAGUUACCUGGGGACACCCGGAGUUAGGUGGCAAUAGCAACGCAGUCCAAGAAGAUCUCGAGGGAAUAUGCCAGAUCGAUGCCACUGACUCAGCUUUUGCUGCCAUCCGCAUGGACGGAGAGGUGGUGACCUGGGGCCAACCAGAGUACGGCGGAGACAGCCGCAGCGUGCAGAAUCAGCUCCGAGAUGUUCGCCAAGUCCAGGGCUCUCGCUGUGGAUUCGCCGCCCUCUUGGCCGAUGACACCCUGGUGACCUGGGGAGGUGGCCACCACUCCCGGGCGCCAUCCUUGAGCGACUACGUGUCCAGCCUGGACUCACAGGAGGCCCUGCUCCUGUCUGCCGGCAUGUCGCUGGAAGCCCAGCAGGCCGUGAAGCAGCAGGUGACCGGACUCUGCGGUGACUCACCGGACGAGCUCUGGCAAGGGCUUAUUGAUGCAGUGGGCCCUGCACUCGAUUCAGACGAGGAGCUCACGAGACUGAGGCAGGCCAUUGCCAAUGGCGAGGUCGAGUCUGUGCCAAUCAGCAUUGCGCUGCUACGUCGCAUAGCCCUUGAGGGUGUGGCCUUUGGCUUCCUGCUGUCGAGGGCAGAGGCAAAUUCUUCGCAGGAUUUGACCUUCACGAAGAGUGGCGAGACCCCACGACUGCUGGGAGCUUUCAAAAGCACAUGGGGAUUUUUAGGAAGAGCGGGUGGCAAGCGCUUCUCGGACCUCUGA